AUGCUGCAUUUAAGCUCGUUAUCUUUUGCUCAGAAAACACAGAUCAAAAACGUCUUUACGUUGAUUGACGGCGAGUCGCGAGAUUCCAAAAUAACUCUUGAUGACCUUGAAAAGAUAUACUCAAGUAUUGGGCUAGUCCUGCCAGAUAGCACGGAAUUGAGAAGUAUGUUGACAAUAGACGGUAAAGACUACUCAGAGAGCGGGAUAAGUUUUGCCCAGUUUCUGAAUAUUAUGGCUAAAGAGAUACUGAAUCAAGAAGAAAAAUCAAAGGUUUUCAAUGCUUUACAAGUUUUUCUAGUACUGGACAAUUAUCAACUGUACAAAGGAGAAUUACAGGUAGAUGUCAACAAACUAAGAGAUGCAUGCUGCUCGAUAAGCGUCGAAAUAAACGGUAAAAACAAAAUAUUGGCACGUCAAGAUUUUGACAAAUCAGUGAAAGGGUUCGUGCUGGAAACGAUGGAUGGGAAACAAGUAUUACUAGCAUCAAAAUGGCUAGAUGCAUAUCUUGAUGGUUAG